AUGUACCUCGCCAGUGUUAGUUACUCAAUUGGCACUAGUCCAUACUCAGUAUCAGUUAUCGAUGUAAAUGGUGACAACCAACCUGAUAUAGUUACCGCAAACUAUGGUGCAAAUACUACUACUGUUUUGAUCAAUACAGGCGAUGGCACCUUUUCUUCGCAAGUUACUUACCCAGUUGGUAGUUAUCCAAGAUCACUAUCAGUUGUCGAUGUCAAUGGUGACAACAAACCUGAUAUAGUAACCGCAAACGGUGGUAAAAAUACUACUAGUGUUUUGAUCAAUACAGGCGAUGGCACCUUUUCUUCGCAAGUUACUUACCCAGUUGGUAGUUCUCCAUUCUCAGUAGCAGUUGUCGAUGUAAAUGGUGACAACAAACCUGAUAUAGUCACCGCCAACUAUGGUGCAAAUACUACUGCUGUUUUGAUCAAUACAGGCGAUGGCACCUUUUCUUCACAAGUUACUUACUCCGUUGGCUAUAGCCCAGUAUCAGUAGCAGUUGUCGAUGUAAAUGGUGACAACAAACCUGAUAUAGUUAUCGGAAACCAGUAUGCAAAUACUGUUAGCGUUUUAAGGAAUACAGGCAAUGGCACCUUUUCUUCUCAAGUCACUUACUCAGUUGGUACUACUCCAAACUCAGUAGCAGUUGUCGAUGUGAAUGGUGACAACAAAUCUGAUAUAGUUACCGCAAACCGGGGUGCAAGUACUGUUAGCGUUCUAACGAAUAUCGGUGAUGGCACUUUUUCUUCUCAAGUCACUUACUCAGUUGGUAGUAGUCCAUACUCAGUAGCAGUUGUCGAUGUCAAUGGUGACAGCAAAUCUGAUAUAGUUACCGCAAACCAGGGUGCAAGUACUGUUAGCGUUCUAACGAAUAUCGGUAAUGGCACUUUUUCUUCACAAAUUAAUUACUCAACCGAUCAUGGCCCAACAUCAGUAGCAGUUGUCGAUGUAAAUGGUGACAACAAACCUGAUAUAGUUACUGCAAAUAAUGGUGCACUUACUACUAGCGUUUUAAGGAAUACAGGCAAUGGCACUUUUUCUUCUCAAAUUCCCUACUCAACUGGUAGUGGCCCAUACUCGGUAGCAAUGGUCGAUGUAAAUGGUGACAAUAAACUUGAUAUAGUUACUGCAAACCAGGGUGCAAGUACUGUUAGCGUUCUAAUGAAUACCGGUAAUGGCAUUUUUUCUUCGCAAGUUAAUUACUCAACUGGUAAUAGCCCAGUAUCAGUAGCAGUUGUCGAUGUAAAUGAGGACAACAAACCUGAUAUAGUUACUGCAAAUAGUGGUGCAAGUUCUGUUAGCGUUUUAAGGAAUACAGGCAAUGGCACCUUUUCUGCUCAAGUCACUUACUCAGUUGGUAGUACUCCNACCCGUUCAGACCCAAAUUAUUUUUUGCCGAUUUGGAUCAAAAUAAACUCGUAA